AUGGUCAACAUAGAUGAUGCAACUAGUUAUCCGGUUGAGUUUUUAAAUGUAUUGAAAUCACCGUGUAUGCCAUAUCAUAGGCUUAUUCUGCGUGUGGGCAGAAAUUUAAAACUACCUAAACUGUGCUAUGGUACCAGGCUUAAAGUCAAAGCUUUACAUCGCAGUAUAGUGGAAGCCACAAUUUUAACUGGAUGUGCAAAAGGAGAAACUAAUUUACUAGCUCAACAGUCAAUUUUUAUUAAACGGUCAUGUCAAAAUGAAUCUCUCGUAAAAGCAAGUUUUCAAGUAGCCCGUACUCUGGCGAUAGCCGGAAAACCGUUUACUGAUGGCCAAAUUGUAAAGGAGUGCAUUUUGAAAACAGUUGAAGAGAUUUGUCCCGAUAAAAUCAAUUUAUUCACCGGUAUUAGCUUCUUUAAAUAUUUUUCAAUUGCUUUGGAUGAAUCUACCGACACUUCAGACUCAGCGCAGGUGCUUUUAUUCGUUCGCGAAGUCAAUGAAUCUUUUGAAAUAACCGAAGAAUUGGCCGCCGUCCACUCAAUGAAAGACUCAUGUACUGGUAAUGAAAUUUUUUUGAAGGUAAAAGAAUCUAUUUUUACUUUGGGUCUUGAAUUUAGCAUUUUAAAAGGCGUAACUACUGAUGGUGAACGCAACAUAUGUGGAGCACAUACAGGUUUGGUUGGAAAUAUUUGUAAAACUGUAUUGGAGACUGGUGCAGCAGCACCAAUGGCUAUUCACUGCAUAAUACACCAGCAAGCUUUGUGUGGGAAAAAUGCACCAAUAAAUGAAGUUAUGAAUAUUGUUGUGCAGAAUGUAAAUUAUAUUCGAAAAAGUGCUCUCAGUCACCGUCAGUUUAAGAACUUUCUUGCUGAAAUUGAAAGCGAGUACCCAGUAUUCCUUAUCAUUGCGAAGUUCGUUGAAAAAAAUCUUGCCCAUUUUCCAACAUGCAACAAAUUCAAACUUGAAAAUUAUAAAGAAUUCCCUACCGAUUUUGCUGUUGGAGUUCUCACCUAUUUAAAAGAGCAGUUCCAGACCCGAUUUAGAGAUUUCAAAAGUGCAGAAGACCGUAUUCGAAUUUUUGAAAAUCCAUUUGCAUUAAAAAUAGAAACUUUACCGACAGAGUUUCAGCUUGAAGUUAUCGAGCUCAUAUCAAACAACAAUUUCAAAGACUAUUUCAAGGAAGCUAGUCUCCAACAAUUUUACGCCAUGUUGCCAGAGGAAUCAUUUCCAAAUCUCAAAAAACAUGCGCGUGAAAUGAUAUCAAUAUUUAGCUCAACAUACUUAUGUGAGCAGACAUUUUCAAAAAUGAAAUAUGUCAAAUCUAAGUACAGAACUAACUUAAGUGACGAACAUUUACAAGCGACGCUGCUAAUUGGAACCACAAAGUUUGAUGCAAACUUUCAAGACAUUUUAAAAGACAAGCAAUUCUAA